AUGGCUGACAAUCAAAGCACUAUUGUGAAUACAACGAAUCCAAAUGCAAGCACCGAGGAAAAUGUAAGCACCAACCCAACACCAAAUACUCAUCAUACUUCAAAUUCUGAUGAUCCUUCUCAUCGUUGCAGUCAGUAUUAUAUUGGGGGAAAUGACAAUUCAGGCAUAAUACUAGUCUCUUAUGUGCUUGAUAAUACCAACUAUUAUGCUUGGGCAAGAUCCAUAAAAAGAGAACUUCGGAUUAAAAACAAACUCGGCUUCAUCAAUGGAAACAUAUGUGAGCCAGCAGACUCCAACCACUUUCUAAUGGAACAUUGGCUAUGCUGCAACGUUAUAGUUAUUGCUUGGCUGCAAAACUCCAUGUCCAUUGAUAUUAAGUCUCAAAUACUCUAUGCUGACACAGCUCGUGAGCUCUGGCUGUACCUGGAACAUCUGUUAGGACAGCAGAAUGCCCCCUGGAUUUAUGAAGUAAAACAGUCCAUUGCCACCUUAAUGCAGAAUGAAGACGCUGUAAGUACUUACUUAUCAAAAUAUAAGACACUCCUUUGUGAAUUAAUGAACUAUGAGUCCAUUCCCAAUUGCACUUGUGGAAGUUUCAUAUCUGUCAUUGAGAACCAACAAAGAGAUUGGGUAAUGAAGUUUUUGAUGGGGCUGAAUGACUCACAUAAAGCAAUCAAGGCUCAAAUCUUGCAGAUCAAGCCUUUUCCCACUCUCAAUGAAGUAUAUUCCAUAGUUCAGCAAGAGAAGAAAAGGAGACAAAUCUCAAUAGAUGCUUCUAUACCUAACUCUAUUGUGCUUGCAACCAGAGGAAGCUCCUAUAACACAAGAAGGCAGAGUGGAAUGGGACAGAGGAAGUACUGUUGUACUCUUUAUAAAGUGCCUGGACACUCACUAGAAAGAUGUACUAAGACCAAUCCUAACAAAUCAACUUGCAGCCACUACCACUACCACAUGACAGGACAUUCUUUGGACAAAUGCUAUAAGAUUCAUGGAUACCCUCCUGGAAACAGGUUAUAUGGAAAGGGAAAGGCCUAUCUUUGCAGGAACAAGAAGAUACUGACAAAGACAAUCAGUCACAAAACAGCAAAUGCCUUGCUAACACAACUCUUGCAGACACACAAAUUCCCAAACUAUUUGGUAUCUCGUCUUACUUAUCUAUCUAUGGCACCAACCCUAUGGAUUCUUAACACACCAUGGAUAAUAGACAAGGGAGCAACAGACCACAUGGUCUGCAGCACCUCAUUUUAUAGCACCAUUCAAGCCAAAGUAUCUUGUUCAGUCUCCCUUCCAAGAGGUGAUUUGGUUAAUGUUCCACACAGAGGAACCGUAAAAAUCACUGAGAAGUUAAUUCUGAAUAAUGUACUCUGUUUUCCAUCUUUUACUUUCAAUUUGAUAUCAGCUAGAAAGUUGACACAGACUUCUAAAUACUGUGAUAUUCUUCCCUGA